AUGUUGUUCAAGAGAUGUUUAUCUAUAUUACUGGUAGCUGUCUACUUCCGGUCCACCACCCUGGCGCUGUUGAGAGAUCUAGAUGGACUGGGACUAGGAGAUAUUGACCACAUCCUUGAUUUAGACCGAGGUUGUCGAUGUCAAGCUAUAGAUAAUAACGGAAGAAGUACUGUGUUACAAGAUUUUGGACGAAUUCAAGCCUGUGGGUUGGGGUUGUGUGGCUGUGACCGAGGGAUUAUUGGGUCUUGCCGACAGGUUUGUGAACGAAUCGUAGAAGCCUGGGCUGCCAACACCUGUCCUGCAAUUAUUCGAGGUCUGGAAGUUAAAGCCUUAUUUCGAGCAGACGAUUGUGCUCAUGGACUCGGUGAUAAUACUCAUGACUGCCAUGGUAGAGGGCGCCUCGAUGAGGGCAUUAGGGUAGAAAUGGGACUUAGAGGGAUGCAUUUAGGAGGCGCCGGUCUUCUGGCACCGAUAGGAAACCGCAUAAUCUUGAGAAACUAG